AAAGUCCAUACAAAGGAAGACAUGACAUACAAAACUCGCAGAUAUUACCUCAUAAGCUGUGCCUUGUAGCGGGUAGGGGGAUCUUGGCUUCUACACAGCUGACCCAAAUCUUAUGUACUGUACUUUAUAUAACAUAUCAUGUUCAACAGUAAAAGAGCUUGGUUUUCAACAAGUGUUAGCAAAAGGAAAAGAAAACUGUGGGGUGACAAUGGGGGAUUGUUAGCCAGUGUUGAGGAUGCAGAGUUCCUCUUCAGCCAGGAUACAGAGACAAGGGACACUGAGAGUUUGUUUUUAAGUGAGGCCUAUCUGGAAGAACAUCUAGCCAUAUUUCACCCUAAUUACAUUUGUGAAUGUGUUAAGAAAGGAAAUACAAAGGAUGUUGUUCUUGGCCAGUAUUUCUUUCCGCCAAAAGAUGUUCAAAACCUUGCGAGGAAGCAGCUUCAGUUCAAGUGGGACCUUGAUGGCAACACAUCCGAUGGAACAGAAGCUGAUUUACAGGCGGAUGAAGAUGCACUGUUAAAAAAUCCUGAGUCAAAACACACAAAAAAGAAGUCAAGUGCCUCUCCAAAGAAAUCACCUCCAAAGGCUACAAAUGUCAACAUGAAUGACAGCCUGAAAGACAAACAUAACAAGAACACUAGUGCAAAGAUAGCAGAGCCCAGACCAGGGCCCUCAAGUUAUGUUGAUCACAUCCCAGAAAGGGUCAUCUCAGAACAGAUAUGUACGAAAAAGAAUACAUCUGAUAAUUCAGUACAAAAAGUUCAAGUGAAGAAAACUGUGGUACCAAAAACGAUUGAAAAUAAUGUUAGUCUAAGAAGAAUGACUCCCACUCAAGGCAUUGACAUUUUGAAGAAACCACAUGUGAAUUCAUCUGUGUGUCCAACAGGAAGGAAAGAGAAAGAAGAAAUGGAAGAAUGUCUUCGCCUGGAAGAUUUAGCCAAAGUACCCAGUGAUUUACAAGAUUUUAUUGUUGGACAGAAUGGCUGCGAACUGGUUCUCCUAUCAUAGCAAAGAUGUUUUUUCGCGAUCCAGUGUAGAAUGUGUUCAUUAAUUUUCAAAUGUUCAUGUACAUACAACAGAUGUAUGUAUAGAACAAAACACUAGGGCAUGUAUUGCUACGUCGGUUACAGAUGCUUUGUUUUGUUCAUUCAUAUACUAGUAUAUAUUUGCCUUUGUUGCUUAUAUUAAAAGAACACGUUGCUGAAUAUAUACUUCUAUGUUUAAUAUUUUCAACUGUUUUAAAUAUAAUGUUUA